CCUCCCUUCUCUAUAGACUUCCAACCAACAUAGAACUAUAUAAACCUAUUCAUAAAUUCAUUUUUCUUCAAUACCUAAGUUUUUUUUCCCUCUAUUUGUACUAUUAUUUUUACUAUCAUUUUUUUUUUUUUGAUAUAUCAACAAAUAUUUCUUUCAAUAUGGAGGUGAAUAAUAUUGAGAUCCCAUCACAUUUUAUUUGCCCUAUUUCUUUGCAACUAAUGAGAGAUCCUGUAACUAUUUCUUCAGGAAUUACAUAUGAUAGAGAGAGUAUUGAAAAAUGGCUAUUUACUCGUAAAAAUAAUAUGUGUCCAGUAACCAAACAACCCCUUAUCAAAUUAUCAUCAUCAGAUGAUCGUGAUGAUCUUACUUUGAUGAUCACUCCGAAUCACACUCUCCGCCGUCUGAUUCAAUCAUGGUGUAUUCUGCAUACAUCAGACGGCGUUGAACGUAUCCCUACACCGAAACAACCACCUACAAUUACAAAGUCAACCAUCACCAAACUUAUCUCUGAUGCUAAAAAGUCUCCUGAAAUGCGGUGCAACUGCUUACAGAGGAUUCGAUCUUUUCUUUCUCAAUCUGUAAAUAAGAAGCUUCUAGGAUCUUCUGGAGCUUUGGAGUACGUAGCUUCUAUUCUUCUAGAAGAUGAUGCAUCGACGAGGGAGAAAGAAGAAGCUUUGUUCAUUCUUGCUGAUCAAAUGGAUGGCUAUGAUCAAGAGUUUAAGAGUGUGAUCUUUAAAAAUGAUGAUCAUGCUGAUUUAUUCAUAGAUUCUUUAUGUGGGAUGUUGCACACUGGAUCAUAUUCCCAUCAGGGCAGAGAAAAUGCGGUUAAGGUAUUGAGAUGGUUUUACAGUAUAUUAGACCCGACCCAAAUGAGUAAUGCUAAGUUUGAGUUGUUUAAUGAGAUUGUUAAUAUUGUAAGAGAUCAGAUUUCUAUUCAAGCUACAAAAAAUGCUUUAAAAUUAUUAGUUGAAUUGAACCCGUGGGGCAGGAACCGGGUCAAAGCAGCCAGAUCCGGAGCGGUUAAUGUAUUGGUUGAGCUUCUUUUAGAUGGGUUAUUGGAUCGGCGGAUCUCGGAGCUUUCAUUAGUGGUAUUGGAUCAGCUAUGUGGAUGUGCGGAUGGGAGGGCGGAUCUAGUAGGGCACGGUGCAGGAUUAGCAAUUGUGUCUAAGAAGAUCUUUAGGGUGUCACACGUGGCAAGUGAUCGGGCAAUACGCGUGUUAUCAUCAAUCUCGAAAUACGUGGGGACCGCAAAGGUGGUCGGAGAAAUGAUGGAGGUUGGGGUGGUGGCCAAGUUGUGUUUGGUCAUACAAAUGGAGUGUAGUUCAAAGUCUAAAGAGAGGGCUAAGGAAAUGUUGAGGUUACAUUCUAGGGUUUGGAAAAAUUCUCCUUGUAUACCUCCUCAUUUGAUUUCUUCUUAUCCAUCUAAUUAGAAUUGGUUAGAUUAAUUGGAUUAAUGAUUGAAAAGUUUUUCUUUAUUGAUUUUGACUAUUAAUUGAGGAUAACAAUUAUUAUAGAUUUCUAAAUUGAAAAUCGAUUAAUAACUAUGUAAUUAUAUAUUUCUAACCAUUAUGAUUUAGAUAAGGAUUUUAAAUUAUCUAGAUUAAUUGAAAAGAAAAGGCCUGACAAUACAAAUUGUAAAUUAGUCGAUACAAACUAUACAUAUUAAUUACUUUCUCGACUAUAUGAGUAUUACAAGAUGAUUGUUGUUUUAUUUCAAUAACCAUGUCUUGUUAUCACUUGUUUUAUUUGUUGUUUGGUUUUAACUAUUUAAUCUUUGUAAUUAUGAGAAUUAGAGAUUCAAUUAUUUUUAGCAUUACUAGUUUGAAAGUUGUUAGAAAUAGUAUAGUAUCAAUUGCAUCGGGGUGAUUUUGAGUACAU